GUUUUUUGAUGCAGAGAAGGCCCCUGCCUCAAGUGAAGAAGAAAGAAGGUUGGGAAAGUUAGGAAAGAGGACAAAGUUUGAAAUCGUCACUGUGGAAACUCUUAAGAGAAAACUGAGCUGGGGACACCUAAGAAGUUGCCUAGAGGGCCAGUUAACGUGGGCGGCCAGGAACUCAUGGCAGCACCACGGUUGUUUGAUUUUUGUUCAUCAGAGUCCCCCUGGAUGGUAGGAUCUCCAUUUGGAGAUGGAGCCGCCCCGUGUCUGUCUCCCAGUGAGUGGACCGAGGUCCUUGAAGUCAGGGUCCGUGUAACAGGCAUUUCCAUAUGCGAGGCACGUAGAGUACAGUGCUUGACGUUCAGGGAGUGAAUUCAGUGUUACCUAGAAUGGGUGGGAAAAGGCAUCAGAGAAGGUGAGGGACUGGAAAAAAUGGGUGGGGCUUAGCUUCAAGUGCAUCUUAGGAUAAUUGGAAAUUAAGGCUGUUUUACUCAUUUAGGGAGAAAGGAGAAUAGCCUAAUCACUUGGCAUCCAACACCCUGAAAUAACAAACUAGAGGGAAAAGGGACUGAGGUUCACAGCCAGGAAUAAAAUAAGUCUAUUUAAAUGUAAGCUAUGUAGUAAAUGCAUGAUUUUCCUAAAGAAAAUGAAAGAAUUUGGAAGUUCUUACAGGUUCACACUCAAGUGCUGAUCCUAAAAGUAUGACCAGAUAAUCUGCAUAACCGCUAGAUUACAUUUCCGUUAACAUCAUAAUUUAGCCCUAACAUUCCGAAGAUUGGAUUUAACCUUGGGCUUCACGUAUCUGCACCAUCUCCUCUCAAGUUUUAGCAACUGCGAAAUCCCUGAACUCCCAAGGGUUAAGUUCCAUCUUUUCCCACACUGACACCACUCUUCCCUAUCUUUUGGAGCUGGGCAAGAAGUAGGAAGAUCAUGUAUUAUCCUGGAGUUCAAAGGAAGAAAAAUAAUGUUGGACUGCGGGAUCCACCCUGGCCUGGAAGGAAUGGAUGCGCUUCCUUAUAUUGAUUUAAUUGACCCUGCUGAGAUUGAUCUCCUGUUAAUUAGUCAUUUCCAUCUGGAUCACUGUGGAGCUUUGCCCUGGUUUCUACAGAAGACAAGUUUCAAAGGAAGGACAUUUAUGACUCACGCUACAAAAGCUAUUUAUAGAUGGCUUCUCUCAGAUUAUGUCAAAGUUAGUAACAUAUCAGCAGAUGACAUGCUGUACACGGAGACAGAUUUGGAAGAGAGCAUGGACAAAAUCGAAACCAUCAACUUUCAUGAAGUUAAAGAAGUUGCAGGAAUCAAGUUUUGGUGUUACCAUGCAGGCCACGUUCUAGGAGCUGCCAUGUUCAUGAUUGAGAUCGCAGGCGUGAAGCUUUUGUACACAGGUGAUUUCUCAAGACAAGAAGAUAGACACUUAAUGGCAGCUGAAAUUCCGAAUAUUAAACCUGACAUUCUCAUUAUUGAAUCUACGUAUGGGACGCACAUCCAUGAGAAGCGUGAAGAGAGAGAAGCAAGAUUCUGUAACACCGUUCAUGACAUUGUAAACAGAGGGGGCAGAGGCCUCAUUCCCGUCUUUGCUCUUGGAAGGGCUCAGGAGCUGCUCUUGAUCUUAGACGAGUACUGGCAGAAUCACCCAGAACUCCAUGAUAUUCCCAUAUACUACGCGUCGUCUUUGGCCAAGAAGUGUAUGGCAGUGUACCAGACGUACGUAAAUGCCAUGAACGACAAAAUCCGCAAACAGAUCAACAUCAACAAUCCCUUUGUGUUCAAGCACAUCAGUAACCUCAAGAGCAUGGAUCAUUUUGAUGACAUUGGUCCCAGUGUCGUCAUGGCCUCCCCGGGCAUGAUGCAAAGUGGCUUAUCCAGAGAGCUCUUUGAAAGCUGGUGCACGGAUAAGAGGAACGGCGUCAUUAUAGCAGGGUACUGUGUAGAAGGGACACUUGCCAAGCAUAUCAUGUCUGAACCAGAAGAAAUCACUACCAUGUCUGGACAGAAGUUACCGCUGAAAAUGUCUGUUGAUUACAUUUCUUUCUCUGCUCACACAGAUUACCAACAAACCAGUGAAUUUAUCCGUGCUUUGAAACCGCCUCAUGUGAUUUUAGUCCAUGGAGAACAAAAUGAAAUGGCCAGAUUGAAAGCAGCCCUGAUUCGAGAAUAUGAAGAUAACGAUGAAGUUCACAUAGAGGUUCAUAAUCCUCGGAAUACAGAAGCUGUGACCUUGAAUUUCAGAGGAGAAAAGCUAGCCAAGGUCAUGGGCUUUUUAGCAGACAAAAAACCAGAACAAGGCCAGCGGGUCUCAGGAAUACUUGUUAAAAGAAACUUUAAUUAUCACAUACUUUCUCCUUGUGACCUCUCCAAUUAUACUGACUUGGCCAUGAGCACUGUGAAACAGACCCAAGCCAUUCCAUAUACUGGUCCUUUUAAUUUGCUCUAUUACCAGCUACAGAAGUUGACAGGUGAUGUGGAAGAAUUAGAAAUUCAAGAAAAACCUGCUCUGAAAGUAUUCAAAAAUAUUACUGUAAUACAGGAACCAGGAAUGGUGGUAUUAGAAUGGUUAGCAAACCCUUCCAACGAUAUGUAUGCGGAUACAGUAACAACCGUGAUCCUGGAAGUUCAGUCAAACCCGAAAAUCAGGAAAGGUGCAGUACAGAAGGUUUCUAAAAAAUUAGAAAUGCACGUUUAUAGCAAAAGGUUGGAGAUCAUGCUCCAGGACAUAUUUGGAGAAGACUGUGUAAGUGUAAAAGACGGUUCCAUUCUCAGUGUCACAGUGGAUGGAAAAACUGCUAAUAUAAACCUGGAGACACGGACGGUCGAAUGUGAGGAAGGAAGCGAGGAUGAUGAGUCCCUCCGGGAGAUGGUGGAGCUGGCCGCGCAGAGACUCUACGAGGCCCUCACGCCAGUUCACUGAGAACUGCGGGUCUGUGGACAUGUUAAAGCUUGUCUUUAAUGCUUGACUCUACUUCUCUUAAAAUAAAAUACGUUAGUUUCUCUGGAAUAGCCUAUUUACUUGUGAUGUCAAAUGGCCUGUGUUCCAACAGCUUAAAUGCUGCUAAGUUGCCAACUCCUCUGUCCAUGAUUCCAGAACUACCAAAUAAACUGUUACUUCAGAGCUUA